GUUUACGAAUAAUGAGUAUUUUGAUAGUUGAUGUAAACGUAAAGAAAUGAGAAAAUAAAAUAUUAUUUUAUGCCUGAGUUUCAACUUAACAUAACGGGUUGAGGUUAAAAUAGAAAUAGGAAACAUUUAAUCAAUAAACUAAAAUGUCUAAGCUAAUUUCAGUGCUAGUGUUAUACCUAUGCUUUGAUCUCGCUCAUCAGUAUCGGGGCAAUACCAGGACUAAUGCUGAAAAAGAGUGGGAUUUUUUAAUAUUUACUCAACAAUGGCCCAGCUCAAUGUGUAAAGUCUGGACACACAAUAAGCCAAAUCACCACUGUGUUUUCCCAAAAAAAACUGAUUCGUGGACCGUCCAUGGUAUUUGGCCUACUAAAGCUGGAACUAAAGGGCCGUUUAAUUGCAAUACAACCUGGCUUUUUGAUCCUGAGCAGGUGAGGCCAAUUGAAAAUGAAUUAGAGCAGGCCUGGACCAAUAUUGAAAAAGAAACAUCACUCUACAACCUAUGGGCCCACGAGUGGAACAAGCAUGGUACUUGUGCAGCAAUGAUAGAACCGUUGAACAGUCAGCUGAAAUACUUCAGCAAAGGCAUUGAUUUCCUUAACCAAUACCAUAUGAAUGAUAUCCUCAGUAGUGCCAACAUCGUACCAUCAGAUACCAAUCCGGUUAAAGCUGAAGAAGUAAGUUCUACCGUUGUCUCCAAACUUGGAGUAAGACCAUUCAUUGCAUGUGAAUUUGAAGAUGGUGUCCAGUAUUUAAUAGAGCUCAGAGUUUGCUUUGACAAACAACUGAAUCUUAAAGAAUGUGAGGGAGAGCAUGAAGUCAAUGGUGUGUUAACCAACUGUAAUAUUGCGAAAAAUAUAAUUUAUCCCUCUCCGUUACCACCUGCCAAUAUGCAGACAGUUCAAUUGUACAAGUUUGUGAACUGGUUGCAAUGGUUCACUCUAUAACAAGUCUUUUCAUAGUAGUAUACCAAACCCUAAAAAUUCUAUUGGAAAACAAACCA